AUGGUCAUGCAGGUUGGGGAGUCAAACCCGCCUCUGCCCACCUGCCUGGCCCUGCGCAGCUUGCGGCCCGGGGGCCUCGAAGGUCCCCGCGCACUCCGCCAGCGGCCUCUGCUGUGGCUGCUGCUCCUGCUGUGUCUGCUGCUGCGGCCGGUAACCCGUGUCCAGACCACGCCGGGCACCUCCAGCACCCCAAGUCCGCGGGAGCGCACGCGGGCCCUGAUGCGGGACUUCCCGCUUGUGGACGGGGGGCUGCAGUGUGUGCGGGCUGGUGGGGGCCGCCACAACGACAUGCCCCUGGUCCUGAGGCAGUUUUACCACAAUGGGCUACAGGAUGUUAAUCUGUGCAAUUUCAGCCAUGGCCAGACCAGCUUGGACAGGCUGAAAGACGGUCUCGUGGGUGCCCAGACCCACGAACGGGAUGCUGUGCGCCUCACCCUGGAGCAAAUUGACCUCAUUCGCCUCAUGUGUGCCUCCUAUUCUGAGCUGGAGCAUGUCACCUCAGUUAAAGCUACCCCUGCCUCUGAAAAUGAUCAUCUGACCUACCUGCCCCCAGCUCACAACAAUACCCGGAAGUUGGCUUGCCUCAUUUGUGUGGAGGGCGGCCACUCACUGGACAGUAGCCUCUCCAUCUUGCGUACCUUCUAUGCACUGGGUGUGCGCUACGUGACACUCACCCACACCUGCAACACGCCCUGGGCACAGAGCUCAGCAAAGGGUAUCCACCCCUUCUACAGCAAUGUCAGUCGGCUGACCGGCUUUGGCGAGAAGGUGGUGGCAGAAAUGAACCGCCUGGGCAUGAUGGUGGACUUGUCCCAUGUCGAUGCUGUGGCACGGCGAGCCCUAGAAGUGUCACAGGCGCCUGUCAUCUUCUCCCACUCAGCUGCCCGGGGUGUGUGCAAGAACACUCGGAAUGUUCCUGAUGAUAUCCUGCAGCUUCUGAAGAAGAACGGUGGCAUCGUGAUGGUGUCCUUGUCCGUGCGGGUGCUGCAGUGCAACCCGUUAGCCAACGUGCCUACUGUGGCAGAUCACUUCGACCACAUCAGGGCAGUCAUUGGAUGCAAGUUCAUCGGGAUUGGCGGAGAUUAUGACGGGGCUGGCCGGUUCCCACAGGGGCUGGAGGACGUGUCCAUAUACCCGGUACUGAUAGAGGAGUUGCUGAGGCGUGGCUGGAGUGAGGAAGAUCUCUGGGGUGUGCUUCGAGGAAACGUGCGGCGGGUCUUCAGACAGGUGGAACAGGUACGGGAGGAGAACGAGGGACAGAGUCCCUUGGAGGAUGAGUUCCCAGAUGAGCAGCUGGGCAGCUCUUGCCGCUCCGUCCUCCCACGUCUGCAUCAGAGAGAGGAUCUGGCUCCAGACCAGAAACUAACCAGAGCUGCGGUUCGUGGGAAUCCCAUUUUGUCACCUAAGUGGUCAUUCUCAAAAUCUUGCCCCCACAUGGGCCCAGGCCUCACAGUUAUUGCUGCCUUCCCAGUCCUCAUUGUUUGGCUCUGGUGAUCCAGUUAAUCCUGCCAGAUGUCACUUUGGCAGCCACAG